CCUCCGUUUUUCGUAAACAAAAAUGGCCGCGCCGUAGUUUGAAUUUGUUGUCAGUUUGGCUGUUUAUCGUUAUUAUUUAUUUCAAUAUUAACGUGCUGGUUGCUAAAUUAAUAAUUGCCUCGUAAUGCAUUUAUGGGAUAUUGUUGUUGCAUACCAAUAAUAUAAUAUUCUGAGCUAAAACAAUGGAACAUCAAAGAAAGGUUCAAAAAUGGAUAGACUUGAUUCUGGCUGAUAAAUUAGAAAGUGUGGCAAGUGAAAUAAAGAAGCUGUCAGAAUGGGAUCUCGAUCCAAAAUUGAACAAGAUCAUCUUCAAAGCUCUGCUAUGUCUGUCACACUCAGCAGAACGGUUGCAACCUCUAGACAUCCAAAACGGGAAAAGAAUAUUUACAAUAGCAGAUGAGUUAUGCUAUGCUCUGAUAGAAGUACCAGAUUUCAUAAAGUAUUUCUCUAGCCUGUAUUACGUCGCUCGAAAAUUAAUCAUCAUGAAGUUGUAUAAUAAGGCUAUGAAUAUUAUAGUAUGGUCUUUCGCUGGAAACAUUGUUUACGGUUUGACCCCUCAGGAAUUAGACGUUUACCCAAAAAUUGCGAGUUUGUGGCGUGAUGCUGCAGUCAAAGUGACCGGAACUACGCCACCCUGCAACCUCAACAAAGCUGACUACCAGCUGUUAUUAGAUUUAAUAAAUAACGAGUUGAGGGUACUGGAAGUUAUAGUUAAGGAACGUACCAUGUUUGUCUUGUGCAGAACGUUUCGCUACCUAAAAAAUCUUGAUAUUCUACUCGGACAGUUUGAAUACAACAGUAAUCAGAACCAUCGUAGUAUUAUAAGGAGCUUUUUAGCUAGGAUUAAUGUAGGUCUGACAGGCGAAGGAAAGUAUGACGUUUACAAAGACGCUCUACGUUUCAUAAAUUCCGCUACCGCUCUUGCCAUUACCUCACCGCAGACGGUAAAUGCUCCCACAGUCUUAGCAGAUAGCUGUUCAAUCGUUGAGACCACUUUAAGCGCAGAUCCAGAACUAUCCUGUUGCAUUUUACUCUAUAGAAAUAUGGGAAUGAUACUGUUGAAGUCUAUAAGUAACUCAAAAGAAUUAUCGCAUUGGGAACUUUCAAAACUCAGGAAAGAAACUCUGAACAGUAUUCAGAUGUAUCAAGACAGCAAGGGAGCCACAUUAAAUAUGCAAAUGAUAGACUCCAUUCUACAGCCUGUACUGGUGCACUGGGAGCGUUACAUUGCCGCUAACAAUCAUGAAUUUCUAAAGGCCCCAACAAUGCAGGAAAUUCUUGGGCUAAUACAGCUCAUGUUUACUGUUUUAAACUCGAGCUGGUCAGACGGUUGCGAGGUGUGUCGUGAGAAUAAUUGUGCAAUGCGGGCAAGUACGCAUACAGUCACCGUGGUCAGCAUGAAGUGCUUGGCUACCCUCUCCAAAAUACCUGCCAAUGAUUUGCUCAGCAGUAUAUUUCCAUUCGUGCAAGAACUGCUCGAAGAAACUGUCGCGGCAAUAUUUGACAUGAAGCAGUUUAAUUGCGCGCAAUGGUAUCCUCUCUGGAAUAAUUGUGCGAUACAUAUCUACAACCUAAGCGUAAGCUGUCACAAAGUGUUGUACGAAGAGAGUGUGUACCUCUUCUCCCUUCUGUGCUCUGCUAUUGUUAAAUUUGACGGGCUCAAAUCCUCAAACAGCUUGCUAUCCAUGAAGAAUCCUCUAUCCUAUGUCCUCCACCGGCUCUGUAGCGUUCACUAUAAUCAUGGAAGUUACAGAGAAGCAUUGACACUGUGUGCCUUGAACGGGCUACUGAGUUACCAGAAUGCCGACAGCAAAGCAUUUCGCAUGUGGGCGAGCAUAAAGCACACAUGUGCAACAUCAUCGGACAUCUUAUCAUUGACCAUGCUCACUUGUCUGAGAGAAGACACUGACUCUUUUUCCUUGAUUGGGAUUAAAGUGAGGCUGGACGAUUAUGAUCUGAAUGAACUUUGUAUACAGGAGUUGAGGGGCUUGCUAGAGGGACGGUGCAAUAUGUCCCUCUCUAUGCAAGCCACGCUCGAAGAGUUGGAAAGUCUCAAUUCUGGGGGACUGGUGUACGCUCAAGGGGUUCAAAUGCUGGGCUACCAUAUGCUCCAAUAUCAGUAUGACCAGAAUUUUACCAAGUACUUGAAGCGGGCGAUCAUAAAGUUGAAAGAGGACAAAACUGCCAGCAAUUUACACCUUGUGACUGCUGCCAAUCUUGACUUUUACACUUUUGUAGUUAAUCUGCAUGAUAUCAUAGAUCAUACAAAAGCCGAGAUGCAAACAACUAAGUUUGCACUGCGCGCCGCCAAAUCAGCAUCUCCUGAAGGAGAGCCCAACAAAAGUGACACCGUUGUACCUGCGUACACUAAGAUCAAUAUUGUAGAGGAUUCUCAACUUUUCGUCAACUUAAACCAGGCCUUGAGCAAUUGGAGCCUUUGCAUUGAAAACAAUGUGAAUAACCCCAUUGAAGAAUGGCAUUUGCUCAUGAUGUUGCGCACCCUGGUGAUUGUUGGGGAAUUCUGUCGAUUGCAUCAUUUUUCAAUGUUGGAGGGUAAAGCGUGGAAUCUGGCUUACAAACUUGCUUCUAACUUGAAAGAUGCUAGUACUUGUCUUUAUGUGGUGGGACGAAGUAUUUCCCUAUGGAAUGUCAACAAUGACUGGAUUAAAACUGGGAAUGAAUUGAUGACCGAAUUACAAACCUCCUCUGAGCCUGAAAGUAACGACGCCAUCGCAUUCUUUUGUCUUGGUUUGUCAAAAUUUUACUUUGAAAUUGGCAAGUACGAAGAAGGGGCCAAAAUUUUAGACAGAACUGUGACACUCCCGAGUGUCCAUCAUCUCAAAAAUGUUCAGCUCUUUUUAUUGAGCAUGAAAACCGCCCUUCAGAAUUAUCCAUUUUGCUCGAAUGAUACUAGGUGCCAAAAACAAAUGACUUAUCUUGUCAAAUGCCUGUAUUCCUUGUUGGUUCUAAUGGAAUAUUCACCACAACCCAGGGCGGGGGUUAAGAAAAAGCAGCUAUACACUUCUGAGAUUCUUCUUACGUGUACAGCGCAUCUGUCGCUGUGUAUGAACAGCCUGUUGUCAUUCAAGGAGAUUUCAUCCCACCUUACUAAUCGACUGAAGUUAGCUCAGUCCUCGGGGCUUACGCUGCGUGUUGCAGAGUGUCUUAAGAAUUUAUGCUAUAUCGACCUGUCACGCAUGCAGUUGGAUGACUGCCUUGUCAAACUGCAAGGCUUGGAGUACAUUCUUGAUAUUGAACACAUUAAGGAAUCCCAGAACACAAAAAACCCCGAGACCCUGACGACGGGACUAAAUAAACCAGGCUGCAGAGAUUCUCGCGUCAAUGAUUCUUCCCCUGUCUUCAGGAAGACGGUUUUUAAGCAACCAAAAUUUUUGGAGCAUAUUAACUGCCUCUGUUACAAAUGCAGCAGCGUUUGUUACCAGCACCUUGUACUCGCCAGUACGCACAUCAGGGCACAACUAUACUUUUUGCAGGGAUACCUUAACGAAGCCAUGUCUCACUUCGGUGGGGCUUUUGUACUGCAAAGAAAGAUGCUGCAGUUCAAACAUCGUGACAAAUUUGCUUGGCAAAAUGUACCAGAGAGUGACAGCGUGAAACAACACCCUUGGAAGUGCUAUUACAACGCAGUCGAGCAUGUUCUAUUUCUUAUCAACUUCAGUCGGUUCAUAAGAGAAUUGGAAUUCGAUGAUAGGCAGGAUGGAAUGAGCGUCGCUUUGCAAGCUGUUAAUAUUUGCGAAAGAUUUCAUCUCCAAAGUCAUCCCGUUUACGUAUCUGCCAAAGAAAUGGUGUUCGAAUACCAGUUCUGCAACAUGUUCCAAGAUUCUGCUGACUUUGAUAAGUUCACAGUACCUGACCCAAGCAGCAUCGAUGUAAAUAAAUACAUCUGCACAAGCAGCAAUAUCGAAUCCUCGAAAAUCACCACGCCAGCCAUGAAGUCACGUGUUAAAAAGCCGAGAACAAUACGUCGCAACAAGACUCCACCUUUGCUGAAGUUGACCAAAGUAAGCAUCGACCUCGACGAAUACGUGGAUGUGUCUCAAUCACCCAAGUCGUCCAGACAGGGACCAAAAGCAUCUCGCGAUCACGCGUUUCCCACGUCUGUGAGGAGGAAAAAUUUGGAAAAAUAUUUAGACACCGCAUCUGAUAUCGGCAAUCCAAAAACGAACGAAGGAUCCAUUCCAGGAUAUACGGAGGAAAGCAUGAAUGAUAAAAGGAGUUCAUGGAUAAAUAGCAUCGCAACUUUGCUAUCCGCACCCUUUUCCGAGCGAGUAGCGCAAAUUCUUGUCCAACCAAAAUUGAGCGAAGUAGAGAUGAUUGAGCGGUUAGUUGAACUUGUUAAAAAGCAAAGAAAGAAUGAUGACUUAAAUACUGGAUCCUUAAAUUUUGGGCACCAAUCCGGCGAUAAAAAUUAUCACAAAAAUUCUUACUUAUCAAUUAAAGAUGAGAAAACGUUUGCCCAAAUAAUCAACCUGACUGCUUUCCUGUUCCCAAGCAUUUCCAAGCAACUAACUGAAAUUCUUGAUGAAACUGGGCUGCAUGGCUCAGACAAAAACGAACGGAUAAUCGAACUAGUAAAACAGCAGAUAGCUGUUGCAGAAUCAAGGAGUGAAUCUUUAGAUAUUAAGUACCUGUGUAAUGGUGAGAAUUCUCAACAAAAUUGUUACUCAUCAAGCACGAAACCGGAUGAUAUGGAGAAACUGGUGAGUUCCUUGACAGAAACACACAUUGGAAUCGAAAAAAUGUCAAAACGCAUUGUUACCAAUGCGCCACGUUUAGAUUCCACUGAUGAAGGAUCAUGGAUGCCUGGUUCCUGCCUGGAAAAGGAGAAGAACAACGAAUCACUGGUGACAAAUCUGUACGAGGAUACACUGUCUGUUGUUAAAAACUUGAGAGUAAAAUUUCAGUUUGCAGAUGAAUCCGAAACAGACACAGAUCAGAUCAAUGGUAAAAUGGACAUGAGGCCUGCGAUGCCUGAGCGUAUUGGGCACAAAGAAAGAUUGAGGUCUUCUGCUAGAGUUGCGAGGUCACGGUCUCAUAACAGUGAUAUUAAACAGAAAAGACAUUUAGAUGACCCGGACGUCGUCUUAUCAAUGAAUGAAGUGUACGAAUCAAAAACGGAAACAUGCGACCUGGAUGAGAGAAAGACGAAAUUCAAAAGCUCAGCUAUAACAAGAAGCAAGAGUCAGCAGGAUAAAUCAGAUUGUGUUACGCCAUUUGAGAUAGAAAAAACGAACGAUUCACGGUUUGACAUCGAAAAUUCCAUAUUGUUGGGAGAGGAGAGCUUGCAGUCAAAUAAUUCUGACCUAAUUCAGACUUCAGACCUCGAGGAACAGGCGAUGAUUGAAAAGCGGAGUAAAAGUAAUGUGCAAACAUGUAGAAUAAGAACUUCGGCCAGAAUUUUAAGAUCCAAGUCUCAAUUGAACGGAACCACAUCAUCGAAUGUGAAAAUUUCGAAUACUACAAGCAGUCUUUCAACAUCAAGUGCUAGUGCAUCGACUGAAAUGACUAAACGAGAAACUUGUAUGCAAAGAAGCAAAACCCUGGCGACGUCUAGAAUAAAGAAGUUCAAAUGAUUUCUCGAUACUGGUAGGUCAGUGUCUAAUCAAGCUAAAAGACGAUUUUCCUAUUGGUAGAGAAUACACCCCAAUAUUAAAAGUGAAUGACAUCCUAUCUGUAUUGAAGUUGGCAUACUAAUUUGAUCCCUUGAUCGCUGAUCAGUUUGAUCGUGAUUGCUCAUAGAUUUUUUAUUAUGUUCAAUUUCAGAAAGUGAAGCUAACAAGCCCAAUCAGUUUAAUCAUAUGUUAUGAAAGCCAAACAAUACACUUAUCAAUUCAAUUUUGUGUGUUAAAACAGUAGAUGUUUAAGUUAUAACUGCAUCAAAGUUUUCCUGUUCUCUACUAAACGGUCAAUGAAAUCUAAAAAUAGCUUUUACUUUUAAUUGAAUGUCACCUUGAUCAUUCGCAUGCUCACAUAUCAAUAAUGAGCUCCGAAUCGAUGUAUAUCACCAAUAUUUGUAAAGCAUUGAUCAAUAAUAAUAAUAAUGAUAACUCUGUAUAAGAUGUCUUUUCAUCACAGGUUGAAAAAAAAAAAUUGUAAGUACAAGUACCGUAUGGAAUUUGUGUGAAAAUAUUUAUUAAAAUAUAAGAUAUAUGUACAUCUGGUGGUAAAUUGGGAGCUGGGUAAAAUGAGCGCAUAAGCUCCUCUGAGUUUGCGACUCUCUUCGUGAGUUACAAGUUACGCAUUCUUAUAACAUAAUAAUAAUAAUUUCAGAUAAAUAGUAACUAAUUUUGUUCCAAUUAAAUACUUAAUAAACUCGAGUCAUAACAUUGUUAUCAUAAUAGCUGUAAAUUUACUUUAGCAUUCCUGAAGAUUUUUUUUUCUCUCUGUUACAACUAAAUAUCACACAAAAUUUUAUCGCCUUGUAGAACAAAGCAAUACAUCGUAAUAGUUCAUACAAUAGUAAUAAAUAAUUCGUUUUUUCACACUGUCUGCUGAGAAGUAAAUUGGUCCUUGCUUCUUUUAGACUAGUAUCUACGUUAUUUGAGAUGAGAUGUGUGAUCAAACAAGUAACUUGUUGAAUAACUUUAGUUUGGAUAAACAAAAAAAAAAAAAAGAAGGAAAUCUAAAUGUAUUAAUCAACAUUUGAAUAGAAAUUACGUAUCGGACCCUUCAUAGUUAGUUUCAAAAACGAUAUGCCAAAAAGCUGCAACACUUUUGGGUAAAAAGAAACAGACCGAACAAUAUUUAAAUAUACAAUGAUACGGCUCAUUAUUUUGACCUUACAUACUCGACAAUUUUCACUGACUUAAAGCAUAUUCUAUCACCGAAGGCAUCACGUAUAUAAUUACUUUUGAACUUGAUCGAGAACAUUACACAUUACUCCUAUAAAUGAAAAAUUAACAACAUAACGAUCCAUAGGAAUUUUCAACAAAAUCCCACUGCAGCUUUUUUACUUUAUUAUAGUAAUCGAUCCUUUCGUGAUCUCAUAAGUUUGAGGCAAGAUAUUAGUAACAACUGCAUGUUACUUGAUUAAUAAAAUCAUCUCUACAGGCCUUUAGACAGGGUUUCACUGUCAAGACUUCCACUGUGUACAUACAACUUAGCUCGUUUGUAGAGUAGCAACAGGUACAUACAAGUCGUCAUACUUUCAUUGUACAAAUUCAUGUUAGAUUAUAUUAAAAUUAAACGUUAAUCAUACAUU